AUGUUGGCUAAUGUCUCAGCGACGCCGACCGCGAUUUCCAAAGACGACGACUUCCAGGCAUUGAAGAAGCGUAACCCGCUGCUUUGGAAGAAGGCUAGCUUCAUAGCUGGCAGAUUCGCAGCCAAGGAAGCCACAUUCAAAGCCCACCCCACGAGAAACCUAUCAUGGCACGACAUCACCAUCGUCCGGAAGCGAUUCGAGAAGCUACAGGAUACUGAAGAGCUGAGAAAGACCAAGGGCCAGGGAGCGGAGAACAAGCAGGUGGAGGAGCCGAAAGAACUCGAGGGCAGUGAGGCGGCAACCACAUCCGCCAACGGAAGCGGUCCGCCCGUCGCCAUCGUGCGCGGCACACACGACGACAUGCCAGGGCAGGAGGUGCUGGUCUCCAUCAGCCACGACGGCGACUACGCCACGGCCGUGUGUCUGGCCUUCCAAGGCGUGGCAGGCGUGGAGGGCCAAGGCCGAAGCGCAAAGGAAGACUAA